AUGCGAACGCAUCCCACGUUUUACGUUGGUCGGCUUAAGCCUUACCAUCAGUACGCUGAUUCUUCCGAUGAAGAACGCCCUUGCGCUCAAGCAUCUCGCAGAGAGCCUUGUGCUCCUGAUGGUGGGCAUCAACAAGGGUCUGAAGAGCAGUUAUCUCAGCCCGAGACCGAUCAACAAUCCCACGAGCUACCCUUAGCUCGUCACGAAGAGAUGUCAGAGAUCUCUCGUUCUCAAGCUGAGCAAAGGCAAACUCAGCUCGAUGCUUCGAGGCAGUGUCCACCAUCUGGAGACGCCUAUUCCGCUCAUGCUCGAGAUCGUCGCGUAACCCUUGCGUUACGCGAUCAAAGAAGCUCUAGGGAACACACCGAUCCACAUGAUCGUGUGGAGAGCGUCUUUCCUCCUCCUCCACCUCCAUUAGAGGACUCUCGCGGUGGCCAGCGCUAUCUAGUUGAGCAGCUGUUGAACCACCGCGACGUGAACGGACGUCGGACGAGUUACCUCAUCCGGUGGCGCGGCUAUCCCCCGUCCUGGGAUUCUUGGGAGCCCCGCUCCCAAUUGAUGGUUGACGUACUGGGUCUGGUCGAGCAGUACGACGCGACACAUCCUGUGCCGCAGAAGGACCGCCGGAGAAAGUCUUCCCGGCACGGUCGUAAAGGGAUUUCAGGUUGUCAAUCCCUUCGUACAUCUCAGUAG